GAUGGCGUUUCGUCUACUUGGGCUGCACUGAAACUUGUGGUGUUGUUAAAGCGAUUCAAGCGGGGCAGCUGAAGAAACAACAAAACUGAGAGCGCAAAAAUGCUAGUGCUCGGCCAAGCUCCAAGCGGAGCCUUAUCGGCCAGACGCUGUUCUCUCUCGUCCCCUCCCAAAUUCAUAAACCCAAAUCCACCUCUCUUCUCUAACCGCAAACCCAGGUUCGCUUCCAAAACAAACCCUUCGAAAUCCCUCAAUAUCACGCUUGCGAAGGCCGAUGGAGGCAUCGAUUCGACUUCAGCCGCAACCAAACAGGCCUUUUCUAGCUCACCAGCUCCUCCGCCUCCUCCUUCUUUGGACAAUGAUCAACCAGUUUUCGUGGGUCAGGAGAACAUACCCUUGGAAGGUGUCAUUCAGUUCGAGAAGCCCAGUUCGUCUUCUCGUUUACGCAAAUGGGGUCGAGUGGCAUUGCUUGCUGGUGGGGAUGUUUUGGCUUUGCUUACGUUUGCUGCAAUUGGAAGAUUCAGUCAUGGGUUUUCUGUUUUUGAAUUUGAAACCCUGCGCACAGCUGACCCUUUUAUCGCCGGGUGGUUUUUGAGUGCUUAUUUCCUUGGAGGCUAUGGGAAGGAUGGACGUGGAGUCAAUGGUCAGUCAAAGGCUCUUACUGCUACAGCUAAGUCAUGGGCCCUGGGGAUUCCACUUGGGAUAAUCAUAAGGGCAUCAACAGCAGGCCACCUUCCACCAUACAAAUUUAUACUUGUAACAAUGGGGAGCACUGCUGUUUUACUUCUUGGAUGGAGAGCACUUUUGUAUAAAUUUCUUCCUGGAGAUAAGAGCAAGAAGAGUGAUGUAUAUCGGCGUGGCAGUCCAUUUGAAUUGUUUGAGUUGCUCACAUCAUUAGUACGAAGGUGGUGAUGAUGGCGGUUAAUUCAAUCUACUUGUACCAUACUGUUAUUACCAAUCCUGACAUCAGUUCAUUUCAGUUCUUCUCAUACUUAUAAGCCCUUUGGAUAGUUUCCUUUGACGUACAUUGUGAAACAUAAAGAGUGUAAGAUAAGAAACGAGAUUGAUUUAUGAAGAGAAUACUUGUUUGUUUGACGGACUUUCCA